AUGGAUCUGAAGAAAAUUAAGGAUUACAUUUACUGGCUGCAUUUUCAGUAUCUCCUGGUCACCUGCAGUUAUGUCCUGGAGCCUUGGGAACGAUCCAUGUUCAAUACUAUCAUAAUUACUGUUGUUGCUAUGGUGGUGUACACAGCCUACGUUUUCAUCCCCAUCCAUGUCCGCUUGGCUUUUGAUUUUUUCUCCCAAGUCUUUGGAAGCCAAAUGGAAAAUACACUUUGA